CGAGCCGCGGGGUGUGAGCCGCGCGGGCCGCCGUAGUCAGCUGCUGCGAGCAGGAAGUGUCCGAGCGGGUGGAGACUGCACCAUGGCCCCGGACCCCUGGUUCUCCACCUACGAUUCUACCUGCCAAAUUGCACAAGAGAUUGCUGAGAAAGUUCAGCAGCGAAAUCAGUAUGAAAGAAAUGGUGAAAAUACAACCAAGCUUACCGUGACAAUCAGAGCUUUGUUGCAGAAACUGAAGGAAAAGAUCGCCCUUUUGAAGGACUUAUUGCUAAGAGCUGUGGCAACACAUCAGAUAACACAGCUCGAAGGAGACCGAAGACAGAACCUCUUGGAUGAUCUUGUAACUCGAGAGAGACUACUUCUGGCCUCCUUUAAGAACGAGGGUGCAGAACCCGAUCUUAUCAGGUCCAGCCUGAUGACUGGAGGGGCUAAGCGAGGAGCACCCAACCCUUGGCUCUUGGAGGAGCCAGAGGAGACCAGAGGCUUGGGUUUUGAUGAAAUCCGGCAACAGCAGCAGAAAAUUAUCCAAGAACAGGAUGCAGGCCUCGAUGCCCUUUCCUCGAUCAUAAGUCGCCAGAAACAAAUGGGGCAGGAAAUUGGGAACGAGCUGGAUGAGCAAAACGAGAUAAUUGAUGACCUUGCCAACCUGGUGGAGAAUACCGAUGAGAAACUUCGCACUGAAACCAGGCGUGUGAAUCUGGUGGACAGGAAGUCCACGUCUUGUGGGGAAAAAGACUCCAUUCAAGGAAGGUGCCAGAGUUGUGUCCGCAUUCCAGAAAAGCCCGAGUCCUUAAAGAGAAAGCAUUGCAGCGAUAAGGUUUGUAAACAUCUACUCUUUGACCCUAAAGAAUCCACGAGGCUGCAGUUGGCUUAUCACUGUCACUCGCCACCUUAGAAUGACUUCCUCCAA